UGCAGCUCGUGCAGCUCUAGAAGAGCGUAGCCGCGAUACCCCGGGGCGGAGUGGGCUCUGAAAGAAAAUAAAACAAUAUAAAUGUAUGAAAUGAUGAACCACCACAGACUGUCUGGUUCUAAAACGUAACUUUAAGUUAAGUACCAUAACUGGUUAAACUAGCGCGAACACGGCAGCGUUCAGCCCGCGAGCCUCCCGGAGACCCGCGGAGACUUCAUAGGAAAUGAGUCAUUGGCGGGGGCGCGUGGGUGUGUCUAUUAAAGCGAGGCGCGGAGCGCGUGACUCACUCUCAUGUUCUCCUCCAUGGUGGAACCAGAGGAACCUAGAGGAACCUGAACAUCAUGGCUCCCAGCGCCGUCUGCGCCCUGCUCGGACUUAUCAUGGCGGCGGCGGCCAACUUCUCUGGAGUCCACGCGCAGAAGAGCCAGUGCAGCAGUUCCCAGUUCUGGAAUUCGGAUUUGGAAAUGUGUGUGCCAUGUGCGUCAUGCAAGCAAUACCCCAAGACCCCAUCAUGCAACACAUGCCGGGUGUACAUGGAGGAGACGUCUGAUGUGUGGCGUCUCGCCGCCAUCAGCAGCUUCUCGGUGCUGGCCGUGGUGCUCCUGGGCGCCGCCCUGCUGGUCGGGCUGACGCUGCAUCGCCGCAGGGCGCAGAAACGCCCGCUACGGGAGCCCAUUGAGGAGACGGCCGGCCCCCUGUACCAGGCCUGACCCCAGAGGGUCUCAUGGAGCGUCCUGAUGAACAUAUGGAACAUGGACUGUAAUCAUGUGAUCUGAAGGAGAAACCUCUCACCCACAGCCUCAUCAUCAUCAUCCUCAUCAAGUUCAGGUUACCGCGGAGACAAGGAAACACUUUUAUAAUAUAUACUUAAGCUUUAUAGUAUAUGUAUAAUUAUCCUUUAUAGUAUAUGUAUACAUGUAUAUGUAUAUAUAUGUAUCUAUAUACAUAUUUAUAUAUAUAUAUAUAUAUAUGGUUUAUGACGGACUACCUCGUCAUUUAUAUUAGAAAUCUAAACCAUUCAGAGGAAGUGAAGGGACGUCUCUUCAGGGGCCCCCGACUCGCCCUCCUCACCACCACCACCAGCAGCAGGGCCCCGGGAGGCCGCUGAGGACCCAGGGGGCCCCUGGGACCUCACCGGCAGCAUGGGGCCCCCCAGAGCCAGGGGCCCCCCAGCUCUGUGGCGGGGGGCGCUGGCCGGGACCAACAGACAUCAGCGGGAACAUCACAGCCUUUUGAAUGUAGCGUCUGAACAAUGGCUCCUCGUAGAAACAGGCCCCUGCAGACUGAACAUCAGGAGUUCAUGUUGCUCAAGGGAACAGGGGUGAGCCCGUUCAGCACACUGGGAAUCCUAGGAAACCAAACACAUCACGGCGGGCCUUCUCCUGUUUUUAAUGUGACGUAGUUCUAUUUUUGUAAGAAUCCUGCAGCAUUCAGCCUGAAUGUCUCCCUGUUCCAGUACCUUCCUAGCCCUGCCGAGCUGACCCCACUAACUGUUGUUGAAGGCCCAGAUGAAGUGAGAGCCUGACUCGAGCACAUCGUCCUGCAGCACCGAGCCGCCAGCACACACCGUCAGCUCUAUCAGUUAUUGUUUAUAUAUCAUGACCGUCGUGGGUGGUCCCGUGUAUUCUAGUUGUUUUUAUAUCUUAGUGAUACAAGGAGUGCCUUCUCCGGCCACAAAACUGGUUCAAAGUACAGACACAUCUUUAUAGUAUUUAUUUUUUUAACUCUUUUGUAAGGUGCAGCUCCUGAUGACGACAGGUUGUCACGGUGACAAGAGCUCCUGUGAACAUUCUUUAAAUUCCGUUUAUCGUUUUAACGACCAAUAACAUUUUUUUUUAACCUUCUUGCUUGUAGUUGUGUUUUAUAUUGUAUAUAUAUAUAAAUAUGCACUGGCUUCCUGUAGUUAAUGCAAAUGCUCUGUGUACCAACUGUAUUUUCUCAUUAAAAUAGAGAUUUUUAAAAUUAAAUUAAUUGAAUGUUCAUUCUUCAGUCGUUCCUUUCAGUUAGCGUCGGUCAUUGAAGCAGAGGAGGUUAGAG